AUGCCAGUAUCACAUCAUGAAGGUUGUGGCUGUAAAAACUCUGAUGAGGUUUUAAAGGGGGGAGAGUUUUUAUUAAAAUAUAUAAAUAUAGAUAAAGUUACAGCACUAAACGAAAAGACACAUGGGUCAUGUAGAAAAAUUCUUAAAUCUUAUGAUAACAGAUUGUCUCCUGAUAACUGUGAAAGUGAUGUAGAUCACGAAUUGAUAAUCAAUAUUCCUUUUAAUAGUCCUUGCAAAAUUUCUAGCUUAUUUCUUAUUGGUGGAGAAGAAGGCACGUAUCCAAGAAAAAUAAAAAUUUUUUCAAAUAGAGAAGAUAUUGAUUUUGGAAACAUUAACGAUUUUAAAUGUGUACAAGAAUUAGAACUUUCACAAGAUUUCCAUGGAUCAAUUGAAUACCCAUUAAAAGUAACAUCUUUAUUUAAUGUAAGUUAUUUGACGUUAUAUUUUUAUGAAAAUUAUGGAGCAGACACGACUAAAAUAUUUUAUAUAGGCCUUAAAGGUGUAGGAACCAAUUAUACAAGAAAGGCAGUGGAAACGGUUUAUGAAGCAUCACCUAAUUUAUCGGAUCACAAAAUUGAGGGCAGUUCUAAAGCUGCUCAUUUUCGUUUUGAUGCUUUUUAA